AAGCGCACUGGUGCCUCACCAUGAAGCAGCAGCUGGACAUCCUCAUCGGUGUUGCACAUGGCUUGGCAUACCUCCACGGCUUUGGCCUCGUGCAUCGCGACAUCAAACAUGCCAACAUCCUUCUUGGAGAAAACAUGCAGAUUGCGGACUUUGGACUUGUGAGGGCGGAGGAGGGCACCACUGUGGGCACGACUCGAGUGAUGGGAACACCGGGCUAUGUUGAUCCCGUCUACUUCCGCACGUCCAAGGCGACCAGCGCCACCGACGUCUACAGUUUUGGUGUGCUCAUGCUUGUGGUGCUCACGAAACGGAGCCGGCCACUCCAUGUGGAUGAAGGAGAGUGCGACCACAUCCUGUCAUGGGUGGAGGCGUGCCUUUCCUCCGACCACCCUGCCCGCCUCAAGGAACUCACCAUAGAUGCCCCCAAUGAUGCUGUGAUGCGCCUGGCCAAGCUGGCUCUGAGCUGCACUGUGCAGCGCAGUGCAGAUCGGCCAAGCAUGGCGGACAUUGCCAACCAGCUGCUUGUUAUCAAGAAUGAGGUGAUGGGAACAGAGGAGCUGAGUGCAGCACUUAAGGUGGACGUGCAAGCCCAAAAGUUGGAUUCUGCAAUCUCUAGUGAGAAAGGCAUGGACGCUUGGCCUCCUACUUGGAAGUUUUUCACAAAAGCGAACAGUUGCUGUAGUAAGGUUUGA